CAACCCUUUGCCUCAGCCUGGCCCAAUCCAGGCUUCGACCUGUCGCCCCCAGGCCGCCCCUGCCCCCGUAGCGGGCUCUCUCCUCCCUCUUUGUGCGUCUCCCGCCCGCCGCCGGCCGCGUGAGAGGAAGGGCUCCAAACAUUCUGCGGCAACACAGUCGAGUCCCCUCCCCCCGAAGGUUCGAUAAGGAGAAGCCACCGAAGAGGAGCCGCUGGUGUGGGUCCCGGGGGCGCCAUGGCUACCGGAGCGAAUGCCACACCGCUGGACUUCCCAAGGAAGAAGCGGAAGAGGAGCCGCUGGAAUCAAGACACAAUGGAACAGAAAACGGUGAUUCCAGGAAUGCCUACAGUGAUCCCCCCUGGACUGACUCGGGAACAAGAGAGAGCUUAUAUAGUGCAACUGCAGAUAGAAGACCUGACUCGUAAACUGCGCACGGGAGACCUGGGCAUCCCCCCUAAGCCUGAGGACAGGUCCCCUUCCCCGGAGCCCAUCUACAAUAGUGAGGGGAAGCGGCUUAACACCCGUGAGUUCCGCACUCGAAAGACGCUGGAAGAGGAGCGGCAUAACCUCAUCACAGAGAUGGUUGCUCUCAACCCUGACUUCAAGCCACCUGCAGAUUACAAACCUCCAGCAACACGUGUGAGCGAUAAAGUAAUGAUUCCACAAGAUGAGUAUCCAGAAAUCAACUUUGUGGGGCUGCUAAUUGGGCCCAGAGGGAACACAUUGAAGAACAUAGAGAAGGAGUGUAAUGCGAAGAUAAUGAUCCGGGGGAAAGGGUCUGUGAAAGAAGGGAAAGUUGGGCACAAAGAUGGCCAGAUGUUGCCAGGAGAAGACGAGCCACUUCAUGCCCAGGUUACCGCCAACACCAUGGAGAAUGUGAAGAAAGCAGUGGAGCAGAUCAGAAACAUCUUGAAGCAAGUGAUUGAGACCCCUGAGGACCAGAAUGACCUUCGGAAGAUGCAACUUCGGGAGUUGGCUCGCUUGAAUGGGACCCUUAGGGAAGAUGAUAACCGGAUCUUAAGACCCUGGCAGAGCUCAGAGACCCAUAGCAUUACCAAUACUACAGUGUGUACCAAGUGCGGAGGGACUGGCCACAUUGCUUCUGAUUGCAAAUUCCAAAGGCCUGGUGACCCGCAGUCAGCUCAGGAUAAAGCUCGGAUGGAUAAAGAAUAUUUGUCCCUCAUGGCUGAACUGGGUGAAGCUCCUGUGCCAGCCUCUGUGGGCUCCACCUCUGGGCCUGCCAGCACACCUCUGGCCAGUGCACCUCGGCCUGCUGCUCCUGCCAACAACCCACCUCCACCGUCUCUCAUGUCUACCACGCAGAGCCGCCCACCCUGGAUGAAUUCUGGUCCUUCAGAGAGUUGGCCCUACCACGGCAUGCAUGGAGGUGGUCCCGGUGGGCCUGGAGGCGGCCCCCACAGCUUCCCACACCCAUUACCCAGCCUCACAGGUGGGCAUGGUGGUCAUCCCAUGCAGCACAACCCUAAUGGACCCCCACCUCCUUGGAUGCAGCCACCACCACCACCGAUGAACCAGGGCCCCCACCCACCUGGGCACCAUGGCCCUCCUCCAAUGGAUCAGUACCUGGGAAAUAUGCUCUGGGGUCUACCGCCUGCAUCAAGGAAAAGGUAUGAUACCGCCACUGCCUAUGGGCAUGAUGCCGCCACCGCCGCCGCCACCUGGUGGGCAACCUCCUCCCCUGCCUACUGGUCCUCUUCCUCCAUGGCAACAGCAGCAGCAGCAGCAGCAGCAGCCUCCACCACCCCCUCCACCCAGCAGCAGUAUGGCUUCCAGUACCCCCUUGCCAUGGCAGCAAAGAUCCCUCCCCGCAGCAGCGAUGGCCCGAGCCAUGAGAGUGAGGACUUUCCGCACCCAUUGGUGACCCUUCCAGGCAGACAGCCUCAGCAGCGCCCCUGGUGGACAGGAUGGUUCGGCAAAGCAGCCUGAGUUAUUUUUGUGGAC